CACGGGUAAACAAUCUGAAGGAGUGGCCGAAGCUCUCAUCCACUGAUAUCACUCUCAGCCAAUGAGCAGAAGAUGCCUAAUCACUGUCAAAUAACCGUAUUUGCCAUUGGCUUGGUGGUGGAACAGGACCCUAGGGAGCCACUCAAGCAUCGCUCCGGGGACGGUCCCGUGCUCCUGCUGUAGUAAUCAAGUCGAACGGAGCGCAGCGCGGCGCGGCGCGGCCGUGUACCUGCUACUUUCCUUCCGUUAUGCGCGUCUCGUCACGGUGGAGCAAACGCACCAAUCUUAAACGCCCGAUAUCUGCGGUGCGGAACUGUUCUUCUCUCUCUGCACUUGGCUACAGUUUUACAGUUCAGUUCGACUCUCGUAUAUCUAGGUGGAUGAAUGUAAGAUUCUGCCGCACAGUUUGUACUCAGCACAGUAACGUUUAAUGCAAUAUCUAUAGUUUUCUUCAUGGCGUCUCAACAGCAGUCAAGAAUUCAGUCUUACCUGGAGAAAAAUAAAAUUGGAUCGUUGUUUGAGGAGAUGAUGGCCAGUCUGAUCAGCCAGACCCCAGACCACCCUGUCCCCUUUCUCAUCAGUCACCUGCAGACCAAGCCAGGCAGCCCCGGCAAGCUGCACAGAACACUGGCGGGCUCCGCUGCUCUGUGGGCCCAGAGCGAUGCAGCAGAGAGUAAAGGAGGUCCUGACUUCAGGAGUUACCAGAAGCCCUGGCAGAUCCACCCGAACAAACCCAAGAAAUCCAAGAGUGACCUGGCAGUGUCUAACAUCUCCCUUCCUUCAGCAGAAUCUAAGUCCUUACCGCGAUCUAUUGAGCAGCCGUGGUGGGAAUGGAGGGAGAGCGGAGACUUCAACCUCAUCCUGCAGGAGAGCAAGACACUGGGCAAGGCUCUGGAGAACCUGUCCCGCAGUAUCGCUGUUUCUGAUGAACUUGAUCAGAACCUGGGGGGGUAUAACUCAGGGCUGCAGCCCAGGGUGGUGGGGGAGUGGGCUGGCAGGGAGGAGGAAGACCCCGACCCACUGGCAGCAGAGAUGCUCCAACCCCCAGUCCCCAGGACCAAGACUGAGGCUUGGGGGAGCGCUGAUAGCAGCCCUGCCGGAAGUGGGAAGAGUAAAGGGUUGAAGCAGCAGCAGCAGCACCACAAGAGGCUCCUGGCGGCCAUGUUGUCCCAAGAAUCCUUUGACUCCGCCCAUAGCUCCGCCCCCUCACUCACUGAGGAGGAGAUGGAAGAUGAGGACGACGUCAUGGAGCUGCUGGAGGACCUAGAUGACCUGCGUAUGGAGGGGGUAACAGGGCUGGCUCCGUCAGGCAGUAAGUUCAGCCAGGGUCGUAGCUCCUACUGCCCAGAACCCCAGGCCAAGGUCACACUCAACAUCUGCUCUAGGUGUGCAAGGCUGCAAGGGGACAGUCUGUCGGAUGCCAGUAGACCAGCAGAGGAGCACCAUGGUCCCCCCCAGCAUGUCCCCACUCACGGACCCCCUUAUCCCCUUCACCUCUUCCCAGAACACACUGCUGUGAACAUGCCAGAUGGACAUGGACUUCCCCAUCGCCUACAAGCUGUGCCCGUCUCCUGUCCCGGGAUGGACACAGCCCUGGUUCGAGAUCAGGAAUGUGAAUCUGGGUCCCAGAUGUUUGUCCAACGCCGUCAGGCAGUCUGGGAGGCUGAUGUGAAGGUGGUUAGAGGAGGAGGAGGAGGAGGAGGAGGGAGCUCUUCCAGGGAGCUCCUGGGACAGACGGGAGGACUGUUACUAAGUGACUCCCUCUUCUCCAAAGAACUGGAGGACAUGGGCAAACACCUCGCUGAGGUGGAGAAGGACCUGGCCAAGCUGGCAGAGCAGGGGAAACUAGCCCAGCGGAGUCCCAACAGCCCCCACAGCUCUCUUCUACUCACCCCCUUGUUCCACACCUCUCUCCCGGCCUCACUCCCCAGUACCCUCCCCUUAACCGGCCAGCCUUCACGACCUCAGUCUCCCAUCCUCACCCGCUCAGCCAAGCCCAGCUCUAUAGGUUAUCCCCUGGUCAGUCCUAAACUCAGCCCCCUGCUCACCCGCAAGCCCACCUCCCUCACCAUGACCGGCAGCCACCGGACUCAUUCCCCCAGCAACUCCGGCAGCAGAAUUACGACCCCCAGAACCCCAAGCAGCAGACCGAUGACCCCCAACAGCCUGCUGACCUCCAAGUCGGCCAUGACGGCCGUGACCCCAGGGGUCGGUGUUCACGGAGGUCACAGGGGUCAUAAGGAGGUGACCUUCAGGAAGUCACGGAGCAGGCCGGUGACCCCCACCAGUCAGCCAACCCGACCCAGGCCCCUGCUCACGCCUCCUGGGCUGAGUACAACAGAUAGUCUGGGCAAGGCCUCCAGCCUCAAGGCCUAUCUGUCAGAGGAUGAGUUCUACAAGCAGCUACAGGCUAUCAGACAGCCGUGGCACAUUCCCAUUGACACAGAGAGUGACAUCCUGGAACCACUUGAGCAGGACAAGAGUGGGGUACGGGAUGCCAAUAAAAGAUCAGUGUUCUCAGGCCUAUAGAGAUGAAAACCAGAGAAAGAUUCAUUGAUCCAAUCAAAUAAUUAUGCAAAACCACUGGGCAUUUUCAAUAUUGUGUACAUUACCAUUCUUUUAUAUAUAUAAAAAAAGAUUGUAUACUUUUUCCACAGAAGUUGAUAUUUCUUAGACUAUCUAGCCCUUAGAAAGAUGUUUGAACUAUUGUGGGUAAAUAUGAGGACUUUAGAGUAUGAAGUAACACAAAAUAUUAACUGUUUGGGCUUUUUUUUAGCUUUCUUACCUCGUUUAGCGAUCUGAAAGAAAGAAAAAAAAAGCAUUUUGUGGUUGCCAAACCUUUUUUCUUGAAGCUAGAUACAGUAUAUAUCGAACACUUGUUCUCCCCACUGUAUAUAUUUUUUGUGAUGGUAGCAUAUGUACUGUAUAUAAUGCAAUCUCUGUUAUUCAAGUUAUUAAAGUGUGUGUUUAAAGGGGCUUUCAAAGGAAUACAAUAACGGAGCAAAAAAAAUCCACUUUGAUUGGAAGAUUAUUUUACACAUGGUUUUAGAGUUCUGUAGCUUUCAGGGGACUUGAAUACCCAGUGGGUGGGCCCAUGCCCACCAUUGGCUGGCGCCCCUGCCCAGUCAUGUAAAAAUCCAUAGAUUGGGGCCUAAUGCAUUUAUUUCAAUGGACUGAUUUCCUUAUAUGAAAUGUAACUCAGUAAAAUCGUUGAAAUUGUUGCUUGUUGCGUUUUAUAUUUUUGUUUCAGUAUAUUUGACUUUUGUAACACUGAUGACUGACAGGAAAAUACUUACAAGCCUGAUGUAAAAACUUUAAAUGUAUAUCAAAAAACGGUUUAUUUUUUAUGCAUUGACUGAACCAUUAAAAAUAAACCUCGAAAUGAUUGAUUCCAUGAUUUUACAUAAUUAAAGGCUAUCGUAACACUUCAAUUAUUUAUUCAGACAGGCCUGGGUUCAAAUACUAUUGUAAAAUCAUUAAAACAAAUAUUUUAGCUGCG